UACAUGUGUUCUGCAGACAGGCAUGGAGGGAAGUAGUGCAUAAACUGCGCAAAUCAGUUAUAUCAAAUCCUCAGUUUGAAUUUGCGUGACACUGUCAUACAUAUUUUUCUGAAUAAAUCACUCGUCCUUACAGGCGUUUUCGAGAGUUUAGAAGUCAGCAAUGAUUUUGAGACUGUCAAACAGAGCAUGUGUCCUCUAUGGAUCAGUUCGCCUCAAAAGCACCCUCACAACAACGUUUUUCGACGAGAUGGGAAAACCUGGAACCAUCCUUCUAUCCGCGUCAACUGGCAUAUUUGAGAACCUGGCUUUAGAAGACUGGAUACACGACCACGUUGAUCUGCAGAACAGAAGUAUAUUGCUAUUAUGGAGAAAUUCGCCAGUGGUUGUCAUCGGCAGACAUCAAAAUCCCUGGCAGGAGUGCAACCUUCCCUUAAUGCGGCGCCUGGGGAUCCCUCUAGCCAGACGCCGCAGCGGAGGCGGGACGGUUUUCCAUGAUUUGGGAAACAUCAACAUGACCUUUUUCACCUCCAAAAAGAAAUACGACCGUCACAGGAAUCUCAAUGUUGUUACCAGCGCGUUAAAGACACUGAGGCCCAAUCUAGAUGUCACUGCUACAGACAGAUUUGACAUUUUGCUAAAUGGGCAUUACAAGAUUUCAGGCACUGCUGCAAAGUUGGGCAGAACCUCUGCUUAUCAUCACUGUACAUUGCUGUGUUCAGUGAAUCAUUCAAUAUUGUCACCAGUUUUGAACAGUAACACUUCUCAUGUUAUCAAGAGCAAUGCUACCCCAAGUGUUCCUUCCCCUGUCAAAAACCUCUUGGAUGAGGACCCCACUCUUGACACCAACAAUAUCAUGGAGGCGGUUGCCUCCCAAUAUAAUAAAGAAUUUGGAUUUAAUAGUCCAGUCUUCAUGGUUGACCCCAGUCAAGAGACUCUCACGCCUGGUAUUCAUAAGAUGGCACAAGAUCUUCUGACAUGGGAUUGGAUUUAUGGCCGGACUCCAAAGUUCCAUGUUUGUGCAUCUUUGGUGUUAGAUGGUGUGAAUGUUGAGCUUGAUAUGGACAUUAAGAAUGGCACAAUUGAAAGAUGUGCCAUAGGCGUUCCCAAAGACUGGCUACCACCUGAGAUAGUGAAUGAGUUUACAACAACUUUGAAUGGAAGCAGAUACUGUCCAAAUGAAACCGCAGUGCUGGUGGCGGCUUUCAUGAGAACUAAUUCACUGACAGUUGAUGCUGCUAUGAAAAUCCAUAGCUUGUAUGAAGGUGUGGUUUCAGUAAUGUGAAU